CCCAUGGUAGGAACCACUCCAGUCUCGAAGGUUAAACGUCUUAAUACGAAAGAGAAACAACAAUGGUUUUGAAAAUCAUUUAAACAUACAUUUAUGUGUUACAUAAAAGAAAAUUAUUUUGAACGUGAAAGUGUAAACUUAUCGGAAAAAAAUUACGCGGGAUUACCAAAACAGUGAAAGUGCGAAAAUAGUGCGAUUUUAAAAAUGUGAUUCCAAUUUGAAAAUUAAAAUGUAGUGCAAAUUAGUGAAAAUGGCUCUAGUGCGAUCGUGUUUCUGCUGCAGCUUAGCAAUAGCGUCCGGAUUUUUUGCAGUUUAUCUUCUGAUCGCGUACCUGAUAGCCUUUGCGUUUGAAUUGCUAUGGAUUCUGGAGUCCUUGGUGGCCUUGCCUGCCGCAGCAGUCUUGUUGUGUGCGGGAUAUUUCACAAUGGCCCUGUUUGCAGCAUUGCUAAUCCACGGAUUGGCGACGAAAAAUACUCUUUGUCUCAUCGCCUGGAUGUUCGCUGUGACCAUAUUAACGUUCCCAGAGGCGGGUUUAGUCAUUUACAUGAGCAUCCAGUACUGGAGGAUCGAAACUUUAUACGGAGUGACAGAACUGGCGAGCUGGUUGGUCCGCAUUGUAGUAAAUGUGAUACAGUUAAUUUUAAUCCAGUCUCUCUACACGACAUGGAAAGACGAAGAAAUUGUCGAGAAGCGACUGAGGGACUUCACCAUGGCCCCCAUUCCCAUACCGCGCGAGUCCCUGGCGUCCCUCAACUCGCAGUUUUACCAAAAUAACGCCUACGAUAAUUCCGAGGAGAUGGCAAUGGGGCUCAAACGGGCCGCCUCCACGCCCCACAUCUGGUCGAACGCAGUGCCCAACAACCUGGCGGCGGUCCAAUUCGACGGGUUUCAAUUUUGCACGACCCAGAGCGAGUUUAAUGCGAGCGUUUUCGUGCCAAGUUACAUCAAUAGCGACAGUUUGAGUAAGAAAGCCCAGUCCUUGAUGGAUUUGAGGAUUCUCGAGGAUGGCCAGGACAAAGUGAACUUCCCGUCGAUGGUGUCCAAGACCAUCACGGAGACAAGUAGCGCCAUUAUCCCGAAUUUCGAAGUGAGCCCCCCCAGGAUGCACAAGUACGCCUCUGUGGACGCCCUCAACGACUUCAACAAGUCCAGUCAUGUGAUCAAGAACCGGACCGGCUUUUACGCGCAGCCUAUCCCCAAUUACGGGGUUCCCAUUUAUUACGGCCCUUUGGACGGGCCUGAUUUUCUCAUUUACAAAAAACAAGUCGAUAAGUUGAGUAGUAAGAACUCGUUGAGUAACGCGUCCGCUGAUGACGUGCAGAAGUACAGAGACGUUGCUUUAUAAAAGGUGCCAUUUAAGUAUUUACGUAAACGGUUGUGUAUUAGGCAAUAAAUUUUAUUUUUGUACAUAUUUUAUUAAAUUUGAAUGUUUUUAAA